AUGCAUUGCCCAGCAGUUGUUACCGAAUCGAAAAGCCAUGAUGAAGCCCCGAGUACCCUCUCUGAGUAUGUCACGGUCCCCGUGCUCCGUCCUCCGACGGUGUUCAAGCACUCGCCACGAGAGCCAGACAGAGCAGUCUCGCUUCUCCUUUUUCUUGCCCGCGCACAAAGAGGUAUGGCCAUGAUGCAACUGCCCGCCAACCCUCACGGCCACGAUGCUGCUGCAAUCCUCGCAACUCCAGACUUUGCAAGGGCGUUUGAAGACGGUGCAUUUAUGGCAGAAUUCGCCAGAUUACUAUCUGGAUCCCAGAAAGUUGGCGAAUUUCAUGUUUUGUGCGCCAUUGUCGAUCAGAUGGCGCCGGCGCUUGGAGAAUCUGGACAGAUGCGAGGUUUCUCGGUUGUUCGUGGCAAACUGGACGAGACACUCCCAGACCUAUGGCUGCCAUCACCGCCAAGAGCAAGAGAAGACUCCGAUUCUGUUUCGACCCUCACAUUUCAUCUCGGAAGCCCUCGGAUUACGUUACCUCUUGCGAGAACCACUUUUCACAAUAGUAGAACGUCGACCUUGCUCGCUUCCCGUUUCGACAUGACAGAACCGUCGCCCAUCCUUCGCCAAAGUUGCCAGAAAUCCUCGCAGCGUAUCAUUUUAUCGCUGCAUAGGAAGCUGCACUCGACCAACGACUUGGGUCUUUGGGCCCCCUUGUGCCCCAUUACCCACGCACGCGUUGUGGCAGAUGGGUUCGGGAACAUCAUCCGGGGCAUUGAAGUCAACGGCAAAAGGGAACCUGCAUCCACGGAACUCGAGGAUUCCGUGAACACAAUGUUCAAGAAUAGGUCGGCAUCCGACAUCGCACCGGGGCCCAUGGGAGUUUGGGCCAUGAUCAAUUCCGCCGUGGACCUUGACAACGCUCCUGACCCGGCGCGUUCACUGCUCGGAAAACCGGCGACACGGGAUGAAAUCGAGGUAAUGGCGCAGUACCUGGAACAGUCGUAUGGAUCUGGCGGACGUCUGUUCCAGAUAUUGAGCGGCGGCGGCGGCUGGGGUGCGAAAAAGGGGCUUCUGUCCAUUGACCCUCAGAGAACCCAUUUUGCCUUGUCGGAAGAAGAAGAGAUGAAGCGCUUUUUCCAGACUAUGGAUCGUUCAAGUUUUGCGCCUCCGGGCUCUCAGAUCCAGUUCUUCAUGCCAGCACCUGCACCUCCUCAAGACACUGCCGCUUCCUGUUCGGGCAUUGUAUUUGGCGUCCCGCGAAACGACGAGUACGCAGAAGGAGAGGCAGAGGUGGCGGAAUCUGGAUUUUUGGUUGAUGACCAUUUUGGCGCUCUUUCAACCCAAGGUGUCUUCAUUUCUGGUUCGACUGAUCCGGAGACUGGACUUUUGGAUGAAUCCAAACUGAGUGUUCCGAACGCGCGAGUUUAUGUUGUGAAGGACAAGAAAAAGGGUGGACUGCUCCGUUCCAUAGGAACGGAACGACUAGCGGAUGCUGCGGCAGCGACUUUGAUAUAG